AAAUAUGAUGAAUAUUUGAGCUGUGAACUCAUUCUAUCAUUAUUUCUAAUAUGGUAUCAGAGCCAUCAUUCGAUCAAACGAUUGAAUGAAACGCAGCUUUCAUCAUUUACCAUAAAAAAAUGUCCGAACAAACUCCAGAGAGCUCCACCUACACAUGGGAGUUUGAUCCAAUGAAGCAGCCUGUGAAUCUUGCACAAAUUUUGGAAAUUCUGCAAAAUUUCCAAAAUUUAGCACCCAAGGCCGAACUUAUCGAGAGCUCCUCGAAUCAACCGUUGAAUUUGGUGGAAAAGCUCAACGAUAAGAACUACGCCAUUUGGGCGCCCAAGAUGAGCUUUGCUCUGGACGGGAGAGGGCGGCUCAAGCACAUCACUGUCGCACCUCUCAAAACCGAUGAUCCCAAAUAUAUCAAGUGGAGGCAAACAGAUUCAACAGUGAUUACUUGGAUACUAGAAAACAUAGAGUCGGAUAUUGUAAAUCAAUACAUCGAAUAUCCGACUGCGUGGGAUUUGUGGAAGGGAAUCGAAGCCACGUACGGCUUCGGAAAAGAUCCCCUACAAAUCUAUGACUUAACGGUCAAGGCCAGUGAGAUCAAACAAGGAGCACAGUCCCUGGAAAAAGUUUAUAGCCAGCUUCAAGCAGUUUGGAAAGAAAUCGACAGACGCCGACCCAACCCAAUGAAAUGUCCAGAGGAUAUGAUGAUUUUUACACAAAUUCAACAACAAAAUCGUCUAUAUCAAUUCCUAAAUGCUGUAAAUGAGGAAUUUGAUGCCGAAAAACAGGACAUACUCAAAACCGAACAUCUUCCAUCGAUAGAAGAAGCAUACGCUCAAAUCCGAAGAGAGGUAGCAAGAAAAGGAAUUAUGAAAGGAGAAGGGGGAGGACCAUCAUUGGGAGAAUCUCCCUCAGGAAUCGGCGGUGGCCUUGCAGCCACACGGGCGGUGGCGGUGCGAUCGGAAAAUCACCAAUUGUCAUCUCGCACAUAUGAAGAUAAAUCACAGUUAAGAUGUACCUACUGUGGUGGGACGAAGCACAUAUUCGAAGGUUGCUUCAAAAGAAUUGGGUAUCACGAGUGGUGGCCGGAUAGCCGAAAGAGGGGGAAGAAGCCGCCGGGGAAGUAAUGGGCAAUCCAGAGACCACCAGCAUCACCGCCAACCAAACGCCUCAAUUUUUCGAUGGAAUCACCAUGGAAAGAGGCGAAAGAAAAGAGAGAGGUGAAGAAGAUGAAGUCGGCGCAGAGAAUGGAGCAGCGAAGGAGAAGGGCGAAACAGCGGGUAGGGUU